AAGGUGAGUGUUGGCCGCGCGGCAUCCGACGCCAUCCGCGACUUACGGGCGGCGGCGGGGCGCGGGCUGCGGAGAGGACGGGUGACCGACCGUGUGUCUGUGAGGAGCGAAAGCUGCGGAGUGGGAAUGGUGCUUCUAGGUCCUAGGAGGGGGAUGGCAGGGAAAGCCACUUUAUUGAGGAAUGCAGCUUUCCAGGGCUAAGGAGUUGAUUUCAGGGCAUCAUUACCUGGGUUUGGGAGGCCGGCACUGGCGUUGGGUGGUGCAGGGUGCAGACAUGGCCAAGUCCAAGAACCACACCACACACAACCAGUCCCGAAAAUGGCACAGAAAUGGUAUCAAGAAACCCCGAUCACAAAGAUACGAAUCUCUUAAGGGGGUGGACCCCAAGUUCCUGAGGAACAUGCGCUUUGCCAAGAAGCACAACAAGAAGGGCCUAAAGAAGAUGCAGGCCAACAAUGCCAAGGCCAUGAGUGCACGUGCCGAGGCUAUCAAGGCCCUCGUAAAGCCCAAGGAGGUUAAGCCCAAGAUCCCAAAGGGUGUCAGCCGCAAGCUUGAUCGACUUGCCUACAUUGCCCAUCCCAAGCUUGGGAAGCGUGCUCGUGCCCGUAUUGCCAAGGGGCUCAGGCUGUGCCGGCCAAAGGCCAAGGCCAAGGAUCAAACCAAGGCCCAGGCUGCAGCUCCAGCUUCAGUUCCAGCUCAGGCUCCCAAAGGUGCCCAGGCCCCUACAAAGGCUUCAGAGUAGAUAUCUCUGCCAACAUGAGGACAGAAGGACUGGUGUGACCCCCCACCCCCGCCCCUGGGCUACCAUCUGCAUGGGGCUGGGGUCCUCCUGUGCUAUUUGUACAAAUAAACCUGAGGCAGGA